AUGUCGCACGAUGAGUAUGCCAUUCAACAGGAGCCUUGCAGACUGUUCAAGAAGUCGUUGCCCGCCAGGAUCAAGAAAGCGAUUUCGAUUUGCUGCGAUUGUGCUGUCAAGAAACCCGAACUGUGCCGGUUUGUUGGCCUCCGCCGCGUCAACACCGCGAAGGAAACAGUUGACUUCUUCGGUGGAGGGUAUACAUACUACAAUCGAUUCCAGUAUCAUUCAGCUUUCCACACCCCACCCACACGUGAGGAACUCCUGAAAAUUAAGAGAGUGUUAUCCGAAUGUCUUGCGUCGAAAUUGAAGCAAGAACUCGAUCAUAUCGCGGGUCAAGAUGUAGUUCUAGCACGGUGUAGAACUAUGGACAUCAAGUUAGAGUGCGAUAAAUGUUGCUGGGCCUUCUGCAUAAUUGGCUACAUCUGUACUGACUGUGGGAAGGAAUUUUGUCCUCCAUGUGUUGCAGAUGGUCGCCCAAUAUGCUCUCACUCCAACUCUCUCCGUUUUUUUUCCAUGAUCGACCCCGAGGACUUACGGUCGUUGAUACAUGACAUGGAAGAGGUAAACAUGCAACCCCUUCCCUCCUGGACGCACGAUUUCACCAAGGAAAUCGACCCGCUGAUGCGCACCAUUCCAACACUGGCGCCGAAUCCCACCAUGGCCGAUUUCGACGUAGCUUGGGCCCCGGGUGUCCCUCUGUUGAUCGAAGCUACCCCGGAGCCUGGGACUUUGCACCGAUGGACGAAAGAAAAACUCGUCUACUUGUUCGGCUCAAAUCCUUGCCAGAUCGAGGAUUGCGAAACAGAUGGUGAAGAAGACACCACUGUGGCCACAUUUUUGGAGAUGAUUUUCGGUUCAAAUGUCUGUACCCGACCUCUGAAGCUCAAAGACUACCCACCCAAUUCCACGUUUGCGGCAGAAUUCCCUACUCUGUGCCGGAGUUUUCAAUACAAUCUCCCCUUCCCUGCCGUGACAACUUUCCAUGGCGCCCUCAAUAUCACAAACUAUUUCCCUCCUGCCUACAAGGUCGCACCUGACCUCGGCCCAAAGGCUUAUAUCGCCACCGCCAACGAUUCCGAUCCGAGAACUAACCAAGGCACAACUCGAUUACACAUGGACCUUUGCGAUGCUGCCAACUCCAUGCUGCCAGUUGACAAAGAUUCAGCGGCCCUUUGGCACGUCUUUGCUCCUGAAGACGCAUCCAAGCUUCAGGAGUUUCUUUGCUCAAAGCAUCGCGACACAUCAAAAAACCACAUCCAUGCGCAACUCACUUAUCUAACGCCUGAAGACCUAGUCAAGCUAGAGAAAGACUUUGGUGUACGUCCUUACGCCUUCACCCAGAAGGCAGGCGAGACGGUGCUUAUACCCACUGGUUGCGCACAUCAGGUUCGGAAUCUCACAGCAUGUGCAAAAAUAGCUGUAGACUUCCUCUCCUCACACAGUGUUAAGCGGUGUACAGAGGUGUCCGAACAACUGCGGGAAGAAGGUGUUCAUGGCAAGAAAGAUACCCUUGAGUUCUGGAACCUCAUGCUCCAUGCCUGGUUUGCUGUUGACUUGGUGGACGUCGCCAAUCCGGAGUCACAAGUCUAUAAUUCCGCUGGGCAUCUUGGGGGUGUUGUUCAUGAUGAUGAUCCCUCUCUUCCUGCUGAACACCCAUCUCCUCAUCUUCAAGGACAACUCGCAAUGGAUCCCAUGGUCCCGACCAGUGACCCAGUUCAUCGUCCCGAACAACAUCUCCACGAACCUGCAUUGCACCCCCAGCCUAACACCCACGAAAAUGGACAUCCAUCCAGCGACAACAUACCUCCGCGAAUUGAAGAUCAUCCCAGUGACUUUGCGAUGCGUCUCAUAGACGACUCUGGCACCAACGAACCGACGACUUCGGGUGAUUCUUUCCAGUUUGUCAUGCGGGCUCAUUCAGGGGCUGUUGUUGAGCGCAAGGAGAAGAAAUGUGCCAAGUGCCAAAGAUCUUGGAGAGAGUGCAAAGGUGCCAACGACCGAUCAAAGUGUCCCAAGGAAGAGGAAACGAGGGUAGUGGUAAACUAG